AUGUUUAAGCAAUUGUUAGUGGCAUGGCUGCUAGUCAGCGUGUCUAUACAGUUCAAGACAUCUGCAAGGUUGCAGAUUACUCCAUUAGAAUCUAUUCUCUCAAUAGACCCAUCAGGUUGGACAUGUGAGAACCCAGGUUACAAGGAAUAAUUGGGAGCAUAACAUGACAUUGAUUAAUGGAUUGACAUAAUCAAACACAAAGAUGGAUUUGAUGGUGAUUUACAAGUGUUGGCAAUGGUGAAAGGCCUAGUCGACAGAGUAUUAUAGACAGUUUAGCAUAUUUAAGACGGAUCAUUUAUUUAGGUUAAAUAGUUGCAUCAUCAAAUAUCCAAGCAUUUCAAAUCAUUAUCCUAGAUAGAGUCAACAUCAAGUUGGUAUGAUAUUAAUGAUAUUUUGGGAUAUUUGGAAGUGUUGAACAAAGCAAAAAGUAAGCAAUCUUAUUAUAUGUUUUAGGUGAUGAAGACAAAUUAUAACUUGCUUAAACUAUAGCCACCAAGAUUUCAGAGUUGAUUUAAUAGAUAACUGAGAUCUAAUUACAAUUAAAUACAAUUCCAGUUGAUAUCGAUUAAUUAUACGAUCUGGCAUCAAGAGUGAAUGGAAAGACUUCAUAGUGCAAAGAUUAAUGGGCAUCCCAAUUGGAAGCUGAUGCUAAAGCUGAAGAGGAAGAGAGAAGAAAAGAAUAAGAGCAAGAAGAAGCAAGAGAGAGAGCUGAACAAGAGGCUAGAGAGGCAGCAGAAGCAGCUGCAGAAGAAUAAAGAAGAAAAGAGGAGGAAGCAAGAGAAUUAGAAGAACUUAAGAAUAGAGUUGAUAUAACACCUGAGGAAGCUGAAAAAUUAGAAUAAGAAGCUGAGAAAGAAUUAGAAUUGGCAGAAGAGUUAGAACAUGAUGCAGAAACAGAGUUAGAUUCUGCAAAGGCUGCUGAAUAGGAGGCAGAAACAGAAGCUGAAAGAGAUGCAAGAGAGGCAUAAGAAGCAGCUGAAAAAGCAGCAGAAUCACAAUAGGUUUUGGAAUAAGCCCAAAAUAAAGAAGAAGAAGCUUGCUUAGAUGCUGAGGAGGCAUAAAGAAGAUUGAAAGAAGCUUAGGAGGCAGCUGAAGAAGCAAGAAAAAGAGCAGAAGAAGCUGAGAGAUUGGCUGAAGAAGCUAAGAAGGCUAAAGAAUGUGAACCAGUCCCUGAACCAGUUGCAGAGGAAGAAGAAGAAGAAGUUGAGGAAGAAGAGGAAUUUGAAUGGGAAUCUGAAGAGGAAGAUGGUUGUGGAGACGAUGUUUUGGAAGAUUUGAUUGACACAUUGAUUGAUGCAGCAACUGGACCAAGUGCUUAUUAACCAAGUUGUGGAUAUCCAGGAUGUUAAGAACAACCAAUCAUUAUUAUUGUUGAAGAUGAUGAGGAUGAACCUAAACCAUAACCAUAACCAGAGCCAGAACCCUAACCUGAACCAGAACCUGAGCCAGAAGAGGAAGUUGUUGUUGAAGAAUAACCAGAAGAGGAAGUUAUUGUAGAACCAACACCAGAUGAUGAAAAAGUAGAAGAGUAAGAAGAAACUGUAGAAGAGAUAGUUGAGGAAAUUGUUGAAGAAAUUGUUGAAGAAAUAGUAGAAGAGAUUGUUGAGGAAUUAGUUGAAGAGGAAGAGGAAGACGAUGAUUUCGGUAGAUUAGAAUUCCCAGAUGAGCCAGUACCAGAAUUAGAAUAACUUGUAUAUACCUUAGAUGAGAGAACUGAUAGUGUUGUUACAUAAGAGACAUCUCCUUGGGAGAAAGAUGUUGAAGAUGGACCUGAUAGUAGAAUUAAGACAUCUGUUGAAUACAGUUAUGGAUUGUGGACAUAUUUCAGAUACAAUGGUAAGGUUAAGAUUGCAGAAAAGAAGGAAGCAUUGGCUGUUGGAGGUUUGAGUGGAGAUGAUACAAAUAGAUUAGUGACAACUAUUGGAGAAGGAUUCUAUAAUUUCUAAGUAUUUGAAGGAGAAGUUGUGACUGAAUUAUAAUUAGAUUAUGGCAAGUAUUUGGAUGCUGAAUGGAUUUAUGUCUAUUUUGGCUAUAAAGAAGGAAAAGCCAAUGGUUAUAUUUACUGGGGUAGAACUUAAGUAAUUAAGAGUGUCACUUUCACCGUCACUCAACCAGCUAUUGUUAAAACUAUUAAAUUCUAAUCUGGACUUUGGAAGGGAUUCAAAGGAUUCAACGGAGUCAUCACCAAUGUUAGAGUUGUCUUGAAUAAGAAUUCAUUUGUGGAGACAGAGGAAGAGAUGAAAAACUUGAUUGAAACCAAGUACACUGUUCCUACAGACCCUGAUUUAGAUUAUUAGGAAAAAUAAUACUAUGACAAGGUUGAAUAUGAUGGUUUGGUAGAUGAUCCUAAAUUCAAAUGGGAUUUAGAUGGAUAUAGAGAAUAUUCAGUAUCCACUUGGUUUAGAUAUGUAAGAAGGUCUGAAAGAGCUCACUAAGUUAUAUUUAGAUUUACAUCCAACGAGCCAGAAGCAGGAAUAAUUCCUCAUGGUUUGAAAGCACUUUCAUUAUGGUAAACUGAACAAAAUGAAUACGAAUUUUCUACAUAUACAGUUGAAGAGAAGGACAAGUUCAGUGACAUCGAUGAGAAAGUCAUAAUUCCUUAGGAAUCACAAUAAUUGUGGACAUAUGCAUACUUUGGAUAUAACCAUGGAGACUUCUAAUAUUACAUUGAAUGGCCAGAUAGCAAAGCUGAAAAACAAUUCAAAGGUUGGCAUGUUGUAGCCAAAUAUUGGGCUCUCUAUUUGGGACAAGGACACUAGUUUUUCUUCCAUGGAAAGACAGCCUAUACUACAAUCAGGUUUGGAAAGGGUGCAUGGGGAUAUGCUACAGAUUUCGAUGAUUAUAAGACUGGUAAGAUUAAAUUAUGGCCUGGAGUAUAAUUGAAAACUUAUGAUCCUAAAUGGUUGAAUCACAAAACAGAAUCUGAAUAUGACACUUUACUUCACGAUGAGCCAGAGUGGGUAACAGAUGGUGUCUAUGAAUAUGGAUUCGGUAUGUGGACUAAAUUCUUCAUCACAAAUCCAUCGAGAAUUUAUGAGAAACCUGAUCGUAUUUUGGUUGGUAGAUUAGGAUUUACAGAUUAAGAUGAAGCUGAAUUUGCAGUAUAUAUCGGAAGAGGAAAUUAUGAAUUCUGGGCUGGUUCAGGAAGACCAGUUAAUUAUGGAAAGAAUUUGGAUGGAUAUUGGAAUUACAUCUAUUUCAGUUAUUCUAAAUUGAAGUAAAUUGCUGUUGGUUAUGUUAAUUUCAACAAAUUGAAGUAAGUAUAAAGAACAGUUUUCGAUCCAUUUGAUGCUGAUCCUGCUAACAAUUAUGUGAGAUUCUAUGUUGGAUAAUGGAAAUCUACUGUUUAUGGUUUCAAUGGUAGAAUCGCUCAUGCAGUUGUCAGAUUUGGAAGAGGUUCAUUUAUCAAUGAAAUAGCUGAAUAUGAAACAUGGAUUGAAUAAUAUAAGGUCCCAGUUGAUGAAGAAUUAGGAACAAAGGAUUAUGAAAUCUAAGGUGCUGAUAACAAAGAUACUGAAACUUAUGAAACAUUUGUUUAUGAAGAUGGAGCAACUGAAACAGAGUAAUAUUCAGUCUAUGGAUGGUUCAAAUAUUAUGGAAGUUUAGAUGAUACUGAAGCAUAAACAGUUAUCAGAUUAACCAAUAAUGAGCCAGGAUUCUUGAAGGAUGCUGAUUUGUUGGGAGAUAGAACAUUAUCAGUUAUUCAAAAAGGCGGAGAUAUGGAAAUUGGAACCUACGACAUUGGAUUCAUCGACACUGAUUUCAAUCUUAAUAGAAAUGCCAAUGUUGCUUUGGGAGAAUAUAGAGGAAUUUGGAUGUACAUUUGGGUUGGAUAUUCCAGAUAAGAUGAGUAUGCUGGUUGGUUCUUUGGAUUCCCUGAUAUCAGCAAAGGAGGUUUAUUGAAGAAGGUAUUGCAUUUCUCUCCAAAAUACCUUGCCGUCUAUUUCGGAAAGGAUGGAAUUAAUAAGAAUUUCAUUGGUAAAUCUAGACACGUCCAUGCUUGUUAUGGCAGUACAUAAUGCUGGCACUAUGUUGAUAAGGUCGAAGUAGAAGUCGAUCUUCCAGCUUGGAUUCCAUACAAACUUAAUAAUUACUUUGAAUUCUACGUAUAAAAUGAUGCUGAUGCUUUGAUAUAUGCUAAAGAUGACAAGCCAGCAUUAGAUGUUGAAUUCACAUAGACUAAUUUCCCAGGAUCUGACAUUGAAGCCAUUUAUGAAUAUGGUAUUGGUUUAUGGACAAGAUGGUUGAUGAAUUAUCCAUUCAUUUUAUUGGACAAAGCUGAAUCCCACUCCAUAUUCAGAUUUACAACUAAUGCUCAAUAUGAAGAUGCUUAAAAGAAUGGAGACAGAACAGUAUCAGCAUUUGUUGGAAGAGGAGAGUAUAAGUUCAGUACUUACGAUGCAGUUCUUGAUAAGAAUGAGAUCUCAACAGGAACCAAAUUUGAUAAAGAAUUAGAAGGAUAUUGGAAUUUCGUCUAUUUCUGUUAUAAGAGAAUUCCAACAGGACCAAAAGGUAUUGGGUAUGUUUACCUUACACAUCAAAAUGUUGUAAAGAGAGUUGAAAUUGAUAGUGCCAAACAUUGGUUAUUGAGAGAUUAUGCCAGACUGGUAAUCGGAAAGAAAGAAUUUGGACAUUCAGCCUUCUAAGGUAAAUUGUUUGAUCCAAGAGCAUUUUUGGGAAAGGAUAGUUAUAUUGAUUCAAGCGAGGAUUUACUCAAUGUUGUUGUUCCUAAAUUUAGACCCUACCCACCUUAUAAAGAUAAGUAAGAUAAUGAGCCAGUCCAAGUUGAAAAGGCUAAGAUGACUCAAAGAGUGUUCAAACAAUAUGAGGAGAAAUAUAGUGGAGUCUUUGAAUACAGUGUUUAUGGAUUCGCUAAGGGUAACAAAUUAAAGAAUGUCACUGAUUGGACCACACUUGUCAGAGUGACUCAAAAUACUCCAGACAUCUAGGCUGAUAAUGACAAUGCAGGAGAUAGGACUCUCUCCAUCUUCAUUGAUAAAGGCGUAUGGUAUUUCAGCACUUAUGAUUAUGGAGACAUCGAAACUGCAGAUGAUGAUGUUGGUUCAAGUAUUUAUUCAUAUUCAUAUUUUCUAGUUGACAAAAAGUUCGAUAUUGGUAAAUAUUGGGGCAAAUGGACCUAUUUCUACUUUGGCUAUUCCUUCCAUCUCAAAUAAGCAUACGCCUACAUUAGGUAGAUUGAUUAGACUUCUAAUUCUUAUCUCUUCGAAGAAGUGUAUCAUUUUGUUCCAAACUACUUGAGCGUGUUCUUCUCUGAGGAUGGCUACGGAAAGCAAUUUGAUGUAAUCGAUUUUCUCAUAUCUUUAGGGUGAAGCCUUUGAUUGGUAUUUGGGUAUAGGAGAUGGAGCCUUUACUACAACUCCAGAACCAAGAGAGUGGCCAGUUGACCCUGCUCCUCCUCCCGAUAGGAUUUUGUCUGCUCUGUUGGCCAACCAAGGGUUCAAUUCAGGAAGAAUCGUUAAGGAUACAUAGACAUUCUUCUUGCAAAAAUAUGAAGCUGCUAAGUUAAACCACGAAGAACAAGAAUGAUAUAUAAAAUCAUAAAUAAAAC